AAAAUAUUCGAAAUAAUGAAAUUACGAAAAGGCCCCUUGUCGAUUUUUCAAGCAGAAGAAGCGAGACAGAGAGACGACGACGACGAAGAAGAAAGCAUAAUAAAAAAGGAAUCUCGGAGAAGGAAGGAAGGAAGGAAGGAAGGAAGGAUCAUGAUCCUUGCGGUGUUGUUCGCUAAUUCCGUAGGAAACGUCUUGAUCGAAAGGUUCAAUGGAGUGCCAGCUGAGGAACGCCUGACGUGGCGAUCUUUCUUGGUUAAGUUGGGAGCUGAGAAUCUCAAGGGCGUUAAAAACGAGGAGCUCCUCGUCGCUUGCCACAAGUCGGUUUAUAUAGUGUACACAAUGCUAGGGGAUGUUAGCAUCUUCCUUGUUGGCAAAGACGAGUACGAUGAACUUGCUUUGGCGGAAGCUAUCUUUAUCAUAACAGGGGCGGUGAAGGACAUAUGCGGGAAACCUCCAACGGAGCGAGUGUUUUUGGAUAAAUAUGGAAGGAUUUGUUUGUGUCUUGAUGAAAUCGUUUGGAACGGUCUUCUUGAGAACACCGACAAAGACAGGAUCAAGCGACUCAUUCGAUUGAAACCUCCUUCUGAGUUUUGAUCUCUGCUCCAAAGUCCAACCCAUCAUACAUUCUGCUUCUAGUCAUUUUGUUGAAUCACUUAUCCUGUAUCAAAUAUUUUACUGUUCAUUUGUUUUGAUCAGACGUGGAGCAAUGUGGUGUAGUGAUGAUGGUUAUUGAAUCUUAGCUUGAAGAUUCCGCCUAA